UGGGCUUGUGAGGAUCUCCGAGUCACAAGGAGAACAACCAGACCAGCCUCGUACCUGGUCGAACGAGCCCGGGACCGACGAGUCAACCGCCGCGAAAGGAGAACGACAAGCCGUCGUUUCCGACUAAAGGGGAAAAACGCCGAAUUUGCAGUGAGUUAAGAAGACGUAAGUGGGACCGGAGCACAAGUAACGUUAAUAUGACCUCGUCAAAGUGGGACUAAAUAUCCAGACAUGUUGAAGAAGACAGAAGAAUAAAGACGCCGCGAGAAAGGAGUUCCAGGUGGAUGGGAAUGGCUUGAUUCCUUGCUGCGUGCGGCACUACUGACAGAGGCGCUCAUGUUUCUGUGGAAGCAACAGAAAGUUUGCUGCGCUUCACGAGGAAAUAAAGCCACUGUUUUGCGACUGUUCUAACACACGCCAGCGGCACCGUCCGUCCGCUCGUGUGCUUCUGACCCAACAUGUCCAACCCCGCGUUGAGGAAGAACCACUGGACCUCCCGGCUGAACGAGUGCUCCGUGUCCAAAGAUGCCCACGGGGACUUGAACGUACCACUGCGCGGCGGUGCGGAGAACGGAGAGUUCGCUUUCAUCGGACAAAUCAAGCAGCAUCAAGUGCUUUACAACAGUGGACGGGUAAAUGACGGAGAGCUUCUUUUGGAGGUGGAGAACCUUCCCAUAUCAGGAUUACCCCUGUACGACGUGCUGACCCUCAUCAAGAGCUGCAAAGGUCCCGUCAGGUUAAAAGCCGUAAGGCCAGGAAGUAAGCUGAACAAGGACCUGAAACACUAUCUUAGCCAGCGCUUCCAGAAAUCUUCGCCUGAUCAUGAACUGCAGCAGAUUAUCCGAGACAACCUCUACCGCCACGCCGUGCCUUGUACAACCCGACCCCCUCGUGAAGGAGAAGUUCCUGGUGUGGACUACAACUUCCUUUCAGUUCAGGACUUUCUGGAAUUAGAGAAGAGUGGAACCCUGUUAGAAAUAGGAACAUAUGAAGGAAACUAUUAUGGGACACCCAAGCCGCCGUUGCAGCCCCCUGGUGGCAAAGUGAUUACCAAUAGCAGCGGCGGUGAUGCCCCACGACCAGACGGGCUCAGUGGUAGCCUGCCAGGCUCGCAAGACUCCACGCCCCGACGCACCAAGUCCUACAAUGACAUGCACAAUGCUGGAAUAGUGCCUGGAGAACAGCCACAGGAGGACGACGAGGACCUCCCUGACAUGAAUAGUAGCUAUACAGGAGAAUCAAGUGAAUUAGACGAGAUCCAUCGCUCGGUCAGACCCUUCACCCCUCGCCAGAGUGACCCAUCCUACCUUGGGACAACCCCCUUACCACUGGCCACCACGGAGAGCACUCAGCAGACACACCCUAACCUGAGCCAUCCUCCCCCAGAGGACCCUCAGGGACCUCUGCCUGACAACUGGGAGAUGGCCUACACUGAGAACGGAGAGGUCUAUUUUAUAGACCACAAUACAAAGACCACCUCUUGGAUAGACCCUCGGUGCCUGGACAAGCCUCAGAAACCCCUGGAAGAAUGUGAAGAUGAUGAAGGGGUUCAUACAGAGGAACUGGACAAUGAGCUUGAACUUCCACCCGGAUGGGAAAAAAUAGAUGAUCCAGUGUAUGGAGUCUACUAUGUUGAUCAUAUCAACAGGAAGACCCAGUACGAGAAUCCUGUACUGGAGGCUAAGAGGCGCAGGCAAGUGGAACAGCAACAGCCUCAACUCCAAAGCCAUCAGCCACCUGAAGAAUGGAUUGAAGACUUAACGUUUGCUGGGGCCCCUUUAACAACGUAUACUGCCAACCACCAAGAGACCUACAGGGACCCUCCAACUGGACCCACAGUGCCAAUGGGACAAAAACGAGGAAAGCCUUUCUUUACCCGGAACCGAUCAGAACUAAAGGGAACUUUCAUCAAUACCAAGCUGAAAAAGAGUCGCAGAGGUUUCGGUUUCACUGUAGUGGGAGGCGACGAGCCAGAUGAAUUCCUGCAAAUCAAGAGUCUAGUCCUUGAUGGACCUGCUGCCCUCGAUGGCAAGAUGGAGACAGGUGAUGUAAUAGUGAGUGUCAAUGACACCUGUGUGCUCGGCUACACCCAUGCACAAGUUGUGAAGAUCUUCCAGUCAAUCCCAAUCGGGUCGAUGGUCAACCUGGAGCUGUGCCGAGGUUACCCACUGCCCUUUGACCCUGAUGACCCUAACACAAGCCUGGUUACCUCAGUCGCAAUUCUUGACAACAAAGAGCCCAUCAUUGUCAACGGUCAAGAGGCCUCCAAUAAUACCUACGACUUGCCACCCAAUCACAGCAGUCAGAACAACAACAAUGGCUCAACCAAUGGCGGGGUGGCCCUCAAUGGCCUCCCGCGACCUCACAGCCCCACUGCAGAUGUGGUGUCUGACACCUCAUCCCAACAUGGCUACCCCAGCGAUGUGGUCACAUUGGCCUCAUCCAUUGCAACACAACCAGAGCUCAUAACUGUACACAUGGAGAAAGGAGACAAGGGCUUCGGCUUCACCAUUGCAGAUAGCCUCGGAGGCGGAGGGCAGAGAGUAAAACAGAUUGUGGAUUAUCCACGCUGCCGCGGUCUCAGAGAGGGUGACAUCAUUGUGGAGGUGAACAAGAGGAACGUGCAGACUAUGUCUCACAACCAGGUGGUUGACUUGCUCAGCAAGUGUCCAAAAGGCAGUGAGGUCACCAUGUUGGUGCAGAGAGGAGUGGCACCUGCAAAGAAGAGCCCAAAACUGGAUGAUUUUGAGAUGGCUCCUCCAUACAGAGAUUACACUAGGAGGCAAUUGUCAAGGAAGGACAGUCAGACCAGCUCACAGCACAGUGUUUCCAGUCAUCGGAGUGCCCAGGCAGACUCGCCCUUGCACUCAUCCUUGGCACCUCCGCUCAGUGAGAGCGCCGCUCCCCCAGUACCAUCUCAGCCCCUACCGGGCCUUCCACCCCUGGACUCCACGAGCGACGGGACUAUCCAAAGAAAACCAGAUCCCUUUAAGAUUUGGGCCCAGUCCAGGAGCAUGUAUGAAAGUAGGCUUCCAGACUUCCAGGAGCAGGAUAUUUUCCUCUGGCGGAAGGACACAGGGUUUGGCUUCAGAAUUCUUGGAGGGAAUGAGGAAGGAGAGCCAAUAUACAUUGGCCACAUCGUGAAGUACGGUGCGGCAGACGAGGAUGGACGUCUGAGGUCCGGCGAUGAGCUCAUAUGUGUGGAUGGCACACCCGUGGUGGGCAAGUCGCACCAAUUGGUGGUGCAACUGAUGCAGCAGGCGGCCAAGCAGGGCCAUGUCAACCUCACCGUUCGACGCAAAACCAGUUACGCCGGUACAAAUCCAGAGCAAAUCUUUAAAGCUGAGGGAGACGUGCCUCCAUCGCCUGCAUCGUCGCACCACAGCAGCACCCAGGCACCCAGCCUGACGGAGGAGAUAGGAAAGCGAACUCCGCAGGGCAGCCAGAACUCGCUCAACACCGUCAGUUCUGGCAGCGGCUCCACCUCUGGCAUUGGCAGUGGGGGAGGGGGCGGAGGGGCUGGGGGUAGUGCUAAUGCCGUGGUCGCCGCAGCAGCUGCCACCACCUCGUCACAGACUCCCAACAUAACCUCCAGCGUCCCCGUCUCUGCCUUGCAGCCUUAUGACGUAGAGAUCCACCGCGGCGAAAACGAGGGCUUUGGAUUUGUCAUUGUAUCGUCUGUGUCUCGGCCUGAGGCUGGAACCACCUUUGCUGGCAAUGCAUGUGUGGCAAUGCCUCACAAAAUAGGGCGGAUCAUUGAGGGAAGCCCAGCAGACCGUUGUGGGAAGCUGAAGGUCGGAGAUCGCAUCCUGGCAGUGAACUCAUGCUCCAUCACUAACAAGUCCCACUCGGACAUUGUCAACCUCAUCAAGGAGGCCGGGAAUACUGUGACACUACGCAUCAUUCCUGGAGACGAGUCAUCAAAUGCAUCUUUAUUGACCAAUGCGGAGAAGAUCGCCACCAUAACCACCACUCACACGGCCCAGCAACAGGCGGCACCAGAGGCCAGAAACAAUACCAAACCAAAACAGGAGUCAUUCGACUUUAAAGCUCCUCAAGCGCCUCCCCCACAGCUUCCAACGCAAGUCUCAGCCCAGGAUUCAGAGUUUUACUCAGCAGACCUGGAGAGAGAUAGCAAAGGCUUCGGCUUCAGUCUGCGGGGAGGCAGAGAAUACAACAUGGACCUCUACGUACUGAGACUAGCUGAGGAUGGAGCGGCCGUCCGCAAUGGGAAAAUGAGGGUUGGCGAUGAAAUCUUGGAGAUCAACGGCGAGAGCACAAAGGGCAUGAAGCACUCUCGAGCCAUCGAGCUCAUUAAGAGUGGAGGGCGACGCGUCCAUCUGGUGCUCAAGAGGGGUGAUGGGUCGGUGCCCGAAUAUGGGGUGGUGGCUCCCCAUCUCACUGCAUGUUUGAGAAAUGACAAGAUGGGGGAGGCCUCAGUCCUCCAAAAUCAAACCACGGUUUGUAACUGUCCUCUGCUCCAGUGACCCCACCCCACCCCCCUCUUUCUAUCCACCCCCAUCCUGGUGUCUGUGUGCUGUGGCAUUACCUGCCUGUGCUCUAGCCCCAUCCUCCAUCUGCCUACAAUGUAUUGCCAGCACGUCCGCCAGAUUAUUUGCUGUGGUCAUUCUGCACUCCAAGUCGUUCGCAUCUGUGCAACAGUGCCAAAUACAAGUUUUUUUUCUCACUACUUUAGAACCAUCCGUAAUAGGUUUUGGACAAAUGAAACCUGUUCUCACAAGAAUUGUUUAGGAUUUUGUGUGAAAACGAGAGAGGACUGCUAUGACUAGAAACCUGGCAUGUUUGGGUUGCUGAAAAAAACAUCUAAGACUAAUUCGACUUUGCCCACCUCUGUUUUUCUGUGCUAUAAUGGUACUUUUAUAUUGUUUUCACACUCCAGUUUCACUCGUCAUAUACAGUAUUCUAAAUUUUUAUAUCGUUUUAGUCUCUAUUGUUGAGUAAUAUAUUCCCCUAGCCAGAGCUGGGAUUAACGCGCUACAUAUACUCCGUUACAUUUAUUCAAGUAGCAUUUUUGGAUAAAUUGUACUUGUCACACUAGUUUUAAUGAAGCAUACUUUUACUCAAGUAUUUAUGUUGAGAUGAAACAGUACUUUUACUCCGUUACAAUAAUCUACAUGCCACUCGCUAAAUUUUUUCAUCAAUAAUUGUGUGAGCGAUCUCUUUAUAGACUUUUAUUUUCGACUUCUGCAUCGGGUGCCGUUGCUCCAAUCCACCAUGAUUACCACAGCGAUGUUUGACUCAAGUUCACCAAUCAAAUGCCACAAAGUCACAUGUCCCCACACAGUCUUCUUUUGGGCUUCGCAGGCCAAUCAAAGUGAGUCGUGACAGCUGCGCAUGACUCGUUUAUAUUACAGAUGACAAAAAAACAACAGCUUUAACUUGCAGCAUAGUUUUGUCACUGCCCAAACUUGGAGAUUUCAGCUCACUUCUAACUUGAGAAGACACCUUGCGGUAAGUUGCAGAUGUGUUUGCUGUUGUUUUGGAUGUGCAUACGGCAACGUUAGCCCUAUUUAAUGGUCACUAAUAACUGUUAAACAUGCAUCUUCUGGGUUGUAUUCUGUUCUGUUCUUUCUCUCGCUCCCUCUCACACACACACUAUCAAUAAGUCUGGUCACUAAACAGAUUCUUCAUUCAGUCAUUCUAGUGGAUAAAGCAAAUGUUUCUGCAUGCGACCCCCCCGCCCCUCCCCAACUUAAAAUUUUAAAUGUUGGGAGGUGUGUGUGGACGUGAACGUGAAAAUGAGUGUGAUCUGUUACUUCUGAUCACAGCCACAUGCCAGUGAUAAGAGGGAGUGAAUCCUUGUGCAACCAGAUUUAUUUUUACUUAUUUAUUUAAACUUUAUAUAACCAGGUUGCAACCUUGCCAAGAAGCCAGCAAGUUAGACGUCAAGUCCAACUCAAUCACAUUAAAGUUUCAGUUGUUUAUUUUCACCUCCCCUCUCAAAAAGAUACAAAAAUAAGUCAGCUGACUUUGAAAUUCUACGUCACAUUAAUGGUGGAAUUUUUUAAAAAUGAUUUAUUUUGAUAAAAAUUAUUUUACAACACAAAAACGUGGCAUUUGAACA